UAGAUUAUCAGUAGUUUAACUAUACCAGGACCUACAGCAUGUGAACAGAGAAUAGGACGCGGCAGAAAAUAAAUUAGAAAUGUCGUCGUUUUGCCGAAUAACCGGGAAGGCGAAGGAUAUGCCGAAGCCGAAUUUCUUCCCGAUAAUUCCUCCGAUAUCUCCAGCAGAUGCAAGGAAGCUGUGUAAGAUAACAAGUAAGAGAAUGGAUGAUCACAAUUAUGUUCCUCUUCUGGAGUUUGGAAGACGACCGGACUGUGUCAAGUGUAUGGUUACUGGAGCUGGAAAUGUGAAAAAGGAAAUGCCUAAAGAUGAUGAGAGAACCCAUUCCACCAGGGAUGAUUACAAGUAUGUUACACCAAUACUCAAGAAAGAAGCAAUUGACAAGGAGUACUUAAGAUCCUUCGAAGAUCUUCAGAAACUGCUGAAAAGGCUGAAGAAGACAGUGAAGGAUGAAGACCUGGAGAAAAACUAUGUUUAUCUUCUCCCAUCAGUUCUUUGUGGACUAAUAGUCCCCGCUGAGGUGGAAGAGGCCAUCAGAUUGGGAGAACUAGAGACAGUCAGCAUCUCAAAGACCUGUAACAAAGCCAUCUUUAAGAUCAAGGGCAGACCCACCAUGUUUAUUCCUUUAAAAGAAUCAGACAUCUCUCAGGCAGAUAGAAAUAAUUUGUUUAAUGGAAAGGGACAAAAUAAAGAAACCCUUGGCCGCCAGAAGAAGGUUCUGGAAGAGAAGAAGAAGAAGAUGUUUGCUACAAGGAAGAUAUUUGAAGAUCUGGAGAAAGCAGGAGAUGAAGAAAUGCUAAAUGAUCAGGAUCGUCCCAAAGGCAAGGCUAGGAUUUUUGGAGGUAUAUCGAAGGAAGCCAAACAAUAUAAACAGAAAAUUCUGGACUUUAUUGAAAUGUACACUCCGGAAGGUAACAUGGCUCUGUAUGGGGAUUGGAAAUCAAGUCUCAAGAUUGAUUUGUCAAAAUUUGAUUGGGAGAAAUCUUCUAGUGUGAAAUCAAUGGAACUUGAAGGUCCACUUCCCAAGCAGGCAAAACUCUCAUCUCCAGAUGACAACCAACUGACAGACCGGAAGCGAAUUAAGAAUAUCUAUGACCCAGGAAUGCCUGGGAUUGAAAUAGUUCCCUCCGUAGAGGAAGUCAAUAUUUCUACAGCUAAUAUUCCAAAAGAACUAAUAGAAUUGAUUAAAACAUCCAAACUAGAAUUAAGUGGAAGCAGUUCUAGUCUAAAAUCUUUGUUUUCUGAAGAGGAAUCUGUAAGAAUUUUACCCAGCAUGACAGAAUUCCUGAAGGCAAUAAGAAAGCUGGACUCUUCUAUUUUCACCUACUCUAAUGUGAGAGCAGGAUAUAUUUAUGAAGAUGGAGACAUGCUCAAAUUUGCAACUGUAAAGAAGGAGAUUCCAGCAGGUUCCAAAAUAGUUUCGGGUAUCAUAGUCCGUCUUGAGGAUGGACCUGUGUUCAUUCCUGGAGAAAAUAUCAAGGUUGGGUCUGAAGAGAAGUUCAUUCCAGGUCAAAGAAUGAGCACUGUUAAAGGAGAGUUUAUACCUGGAGCUAGUAUUAGAACUAAAGAAAAUAAAUUUCAAUUUCUACCUGGCGUAGUUUCUGAGGAUGAGGUGGGUCUAGUUCUUGGUCAAUUUAUUGAAUCUAAUGGUAGCAUCAAUUUUAUCAGAGGACAAGUUGUGCAUUCAUCUCGUGGAGCAUUAUACAUAGAAGGACAAACCGUAAAAACAGCCGAUGGAUUAAAGUUUGUUGCCGGCCUUACAAUUUACACUGAAAUUGGGCCAAAUUUCAUAUGUGGAGCUCUUAUAGACAUGGGAGAAGAAGCUAAAUUCCUUCCAGGUCAAAUGCUUGGAGAACCGGGAAAAGAUAUUACUUUCAUUCCUGGUCAGAUGGGAGAAAUAAUGGAGAAACAGGUGUUUGUUCCUGGGCAAACAGUCACACUACCAGAUGGACAAAAAAUAUUCUUGCAUGGUCAAAUGGUUGACACAGCAGAUGGCCCAAUGUAUUUAAAUGGUGAUGUGAUUGUAAAUACUAAGAAUCAGGUACAAUUCUUGCCAGGCCAACUUGUGCAUAACUCAGAGCGUGACAAGUCAGAAUUUAUUCCCGGGAUACUUGGGGAAACUCCUACUGGAACAGAAUUUAUUGAAGGCAAAUUUUUAAAGAAAGGUGAUACAGCACUGUUCAUCCCUGGGAAAACAUCUGUUUUUAUUGAUGGAGUAUCUAAUAGAUUUGACAAGGUCACUGAUAGUAAAAGCUUAAGCCUUCAAAAAUCUCCGUCCUCUGCACUAUUGAUAGAUCCUCAUAAUCUGUCUAUGAUCUUUAAGAAAUACAGACCUUGUGGGGGAUUAAUGGUAAAAACAAAGGAUGGGAUGAGGUUCUAUGCUGAAGGAAAAGUACCUGAAGGUCUUGAAGGUGCUGAAGUUGUUCAAGGACGUAUGGAAUAUACAAAAGAUGGGCCAAAGUUUGUUCCUGGAAAAGUUAUGGAAAUAAAUGGUGUCAAAACAUUUAUUCCAGGUAAGCUAAUGACUAAUGAAGAUGGAGAAGAAAUAUUUGUUCCUGGAAAAAUGAUUGAGACUAAAAAUGGGCCAAAGUUUGUUCCAGGACAAGUUAUUGAAACUGCUGAAGGAGAGAAAUUCAUCCCAGGGCAAGUUAUGGAUUCUCCAGAUGGGCCCAAGUUUGUUCCUGGACAGAUGAUUGAAACCAAAAGUGGGUCAAAAUUCAUUCCAGGACAAGUUAUUCAUACAGACAAUGGAAUGAAGUUUGUUCCAGGUCAAAUUGUUGAAACGGAACAUGGAGCAGUGUUUGUUCCAGGUCAAGUUAUAGAUUCUCCAGAUGGAUGUAAGUUUGUUCCCGGACAAGUCAUUGAUACUCCUGAAGGACCAAGGCUUUUACCUCCUGAUAUUGAUGGUGGUGAUGGAGAGUUUUGUGUACAAGGGUUUGAUAUCAACCAGGAAGAAAUGCAACUGCUCCUCGGCAAUUCAAAGACUCCAAUAAAUGUUACAGAUAUUUUGAGUGGUGCUGGAGGAUCAACUGUAGGGGGAGAAGCCCUAAAGGCUCUGGCUAUGGGAUUCAAGCCUCAUAAAUCUAAGGAUGUUGUCACUAUCUUUGGUGAGAGGGAAGAAGAGAAAAAUGUUGAGAAAAUCCUAGAGGAUGAACUCUUGGACUGUUAUGAUACUCCCCCAGUUAGACAGAUAAUUAAAUCUGUGUUUAUUGCUGUGUUUGCAGAAAUCUGUGAGAAUGUUGAUGAGGUAGUUAAAAUGAUGGAUGAUUACAUCAAUGGAAACUUAAGCAAUAACAUUCACAAGACAGUUAUGUCAAGAAUGAAACUGAACCCAGCUAUUGAAGCAUUAAAGAACUAUUUCCAAGAAAACAAUACAAAUGAUCCUAAAGAGUAUGACAUAAUGAACCUUAUUUCCGGCAUAAUCAGCUGCUCAAUACCGGGAGCUCUGAAAGAGUGUUGUGAGAAUGCAGAGGAUGUAGAGGAGCGAAAACUCAAGGCAACUCUACUCUCUUGUAUUGAAGACUCUAUUAGAAAUAUUCUUCAGGAGGAGGGAAUGGUCCCAAAAGGCCUUGUGGAGGACAUCAAAGAACUUAUACAGCUUGCAAAGGAUCUUGAGUUUGUUGGCAAUCAGUCAUUCUUUGCCAAAGUAGCGGCUGUCUCAGAAGGACGAUGUAACAGCAAGUUUAUGAAUACCUUACUGAAAAACUUUUCAGAAAAAGCAAACCUCCCCAACUUUGGGUUUGACAUGAGUGAAUUGCUAAACAGACUGAUUCAGAUCCUUGCUCCUAGGUUUCAUUUGCAAAGAGCUUUUCACAUAAUGAGCAUGAACAGGCCGGAUAUUAUCAAAGAUGUUCUCAACACUCUCAAAGGAGAUGUCAAAGACAUCGAGGGAUUUUCAGCAAUUGAUAUUCUUCACCAUUCAAUAGCAAAGGUUAUGAACAAGUAUUGUCAAGAUGAAAUAAACGAGGUAGUGAACAUGAUGGAACUGGAUAGAAACUGUCUCGGCAAAGAUAAAGGAUUGGCUGCAAUGAUUGAGCAAGCUGUGGGUCUUGCUACAUACAUGAGACAGGAUUCAACAGCUGCAGCUCUCUCCCAGCUGUUAUGUGACCCAGACAAGCUUCGGGCAAUUAAGGAUGACCCAGUUGUUAUAGAUGUCCUGAAAAAGCUACUCUGUAUGCGGAAGCUAGCAGAGAAAGACUCUGAGAAAAGGGAUAAGAUAUCAAAAUUGCAAAGAUUUGGAUCAGGGGACAGAAAUGAUGUUUUACUUCAGGAACUUUGGGAUCAAACAGAAGCCCUCACAAAGCCUCCCAAUGACAAUAAUAAACUUAAGAAAUCCAAAUCCAUGGUAAAAAAAUCCCGCUCCAUGAUCAUGUCUGCCAAAGACAUCCCAAUGAAUGCUUUCCUGGCCAUGAAAACAUCAGGAGGUGAGAGGAGUGAAUCGUGGCUACAAAACUUCCUAUCUGAGUCUGUUGUGGAAGAUAUUCCGUGGGAGUGCUCUAAAGCCCUGAUUAUCUUGAAGGAGGGGUUCCAAGCAAUUAUACCAAGGGAAGCAUCAAGAAGCAUUCUACUGGGUGAGGCCUCCUAUACUCUUAUAGAUGAUAAUGGUAUUGAAUUCUUCUUGUCUCCUAUGGAUAAGAGAAAGAGAAGGUUGGAGGGAAAGGAGGAGGGUGGAUCUACUGGAAGAAUGGAGAAGUCUCCCAUCAAAGAAGAGCCUAAAGUUAGACGUCCUGCUCACAACCCAAUCAUAGAAGAAGAGGAGGAGGAGGAGGAGGAGGAACAGUUUUCUCGUCCCAAACCUCAACCAAGAAGAGAGUAUAAGCUCCCUGAUAUAAAUGAGUUUGAUAGACCAGAGAACUAUAAACCUGAUUUCUCCAGGUGGGAUGAAGAGCAGGCGGGGAAGGGAAGAGGGAAGGAUUUUGGAGAAGUAUAUGAGAAACCGAACUUUAAAACUUUCGAAUGUAGCGAUUAUGAUGAGGAUUUUGAUAUUCCAAAGCCAAAAAAGACCAGCAAUGGUCAUUUUAAGGCUGAUCCAUCAAAAGCCUCUAAUUACUCUAGUGAGCUAAACGAUGAUGGUUUGGAUAAAUUUGACCGUCCUCGACCUAAACUUUCCAGCCUUGAUGCAUUGGAGGCUGAAACUGAGUCCCUGGAGAAGUACAGACCUUGCAACUUUGAGUUUAAUAAGCCUAAAGGGGAUGACAUCAAUGACCUAAUGGAUUUUUACUCCAACUACAAAACCCAAAGGAACGCCCUAGGUCGGGUGCACGGUGCGCGCAGGAACCAGGAGUUUGAGGAUGAAGAGCCAAGGAGGGGUAGGAUGGAUAACGAACAGGAUUUGUAUCCAAGGAAGAAGUUUUCCGAUCCUGAGAGCUAUACAGGCCAGGAUUCGACCUACAGACAGAAUAUCCAGGAGCAAAGAAACAAUGGAAACGGGUUUGAUGAGUUCGACUCCAUUGAUCCAGCCACUAGGCUUAUCCUAGAGAAGGCGAGGCAUACAAGAUCUAAACCAAUCCAAGAUUUUAGAAAUCCAUACGAAAACCAGGACCUAGAUGAAUUCGAGAUGCUCCGUCCCCCGAAAGGUCCUGAGAGGGAUCCCAGGGAUUCCACACUAAGUUCUGGAACCAGAAGUAUGCUGGAGAAACUGAAAGAAUCUACUCAGGCUCUGCAAGGAUUGGCGGAGGGAGCUGAUGGAUUCCUAAUGGAGGAGAAGAUGAAGGGGAAGCAGAGGAAGAAAUCAAGGUUUCUUCGGCACAAUCAGGACGAGGAUGAUCACCAGGAGGAGGACAGACAUGCUGGAGAACUUGCUAACUCAAUUCUUGGACUCAGGAACGACUCCAUGGGAGAGUAUGACAAGUACCGUCCUGAGCUCUCCAGGUAUCCGGAACCAACAAGGUUUAGUAGAAGGAAGGAUUUGGAUGAUGAACCUGCUCCAGCUUCUAGAAAGACCUUUGUAGAUGAUGAUGACACAGAUUUUAUGAUUAAAAACCUGAAGGAGAAGACCAGUCGACGACAUAUGUCGGAUAUUCUCGGAGACCUGGAUUUUAGAGACGUAACUCCGCCAAAAUUUGAACCCAUUGCAAAGUUUAAGGAUACAUUUAAACCCAGUCCUAGUCCGGAGAGAAAAUAUGGUUCUCUGAAUCGAAGAUCCUCAUUUGAUCAACGAACCUCCUUAGCAGAUUAUAGAGACCCAAACCCAGAUCCAGGGAUGAACUAUGCUCCCUUUGGAGCCAGUAGACAGACCAAUGGAGGAGAUUAUCUCGGUAUGGAUGGACUAGGUGGAGGACUAGGUGGAGGACGAGGUGGAGGAGGAGGAGGUAUAGGUAACUAUGGAAGCUUAGGAAGGCCUAGAACUAAUUACAACCAACAGUAUGCCCAAGCUUCAUUUGGGCAAUCUCAACCAUCCUACUCAGGAUAUUCUCAACCUUCUUACUCAGCACAGUCUCAACCUACCUUCCCUACACAAAGACAACCUUAUGGAUAUGGCCAACAACAACAGCAGCAACAACAACAACCUGGAUAUACUCAACAACAGUUGUAUGGAGCCCCGGCAUACGGCAAUGAUAUGUAUGGAAUGGGGGGUUAUGGAGCUCAAAGUUAUGGCCCUCCUCAACAACGGCCUACCGCUGAUUAUGGCCAAGAUGGUUAUGGAAUGGGGGGUUAUGGCCAACAACCACCAAGCAAUUAUGACCAGGGUUAUGGACAAGUAGGGGGAUAUGGCCAGCAACAAGGAACCCAAAGAAGGCAAAUGUAUGGCGGGGGAGGCGGAGGGUAUUAGUUUUAUGGAUUUAAGGAGGGAAGGGGAGGGGGGUUUUGAUUGUUUAGUUUUGGAGGAGAAAAAGAUGUAAUAAUAGGGAUAGGGGUGUAAAAAGCUUCAAUGGGGAGAAGAAAGCCAUUUUUUGUAAAUAUUUAAUUGUCUAAUUGUUUAACUCAGAGGUUAUUAUCUAAAUAUUUUAACUGAACUGUUGUUUGUAAAUAGAAAAUGCAAGUUUGUAAAAUUAUCAUUAAAUGAUUUUUGUUAUGUUUUUAUUUUGUGAUAGAAUAAACACAUCAAAUUUUGAA